GGCUGGAGGCCAGGCCCGUGUCUAUACUCUCACCCAUGAUGAGGCCGCUCGUAAUGCAGGUACCAUGUCCGGAAUGCUUUCAAUAUCCCAUGUGCCUAUUUUUGCCUUAUGUGAUACCGGUGCUACCCAUUCGUUUAUAUCAUCUCGUUGUUUGGAAGCCUUAUCUGUUAGCACCGUGCAUGCUUGUGACCCUCUCGAGGUUAGUUUGGCCUCGGGAAAAAUUAUCGUUUCUGAUUCAGUGGUUCGCAAUCUUCCUAUCUGUAUUGGUGGCCGAGUUUUGGAGGCCGACGUGUAUGUUAUUGAUAUGCGAGACUUCGACGUGAUCUUGGGCAUGGACUGGCUCUCCCGUUAUCGAGCCGACAUCCGGUGCCAGGAGCGCGAAGUCACCCUCCAUCCCAUUUCCUAUCAGCCCGUUGUGUUCUUUGGGGUGAGUUCGAGGACUGUGCCUCGGGUCAUCUCUUCUAUGCAAGCUAGGAAGAGCCUUUCCAAGG